AUGCGGAAGAAAUGGAAGCUCAGGCUGUGCACGUCUCUGGAUCUCACAUAUUCAGCUUCAAGUGGUUACACAACAUACCUUCAGAUAAUCCGCCCUUUAGAAGAGACGGUGGACCCUGAAGACAUAUCACUCGAUUUGGGCGGUUUUUCAAUCUCAGAUCGCAAUACAGACGACAGGUUUCUUCAAGGGGAUGAUGACAUGAUUGAUGCUGAAGAGUCUGAUGCGGGUCUCAUACAACAGAAGGCGAGGCCGGGAUUCGGCUAUGUAGCAUACGAGAUUCACCUACACCCCACAUACAGAGUUCCUUGUCUCUGGUUUAGCCUUCACGAUCUCCCCUCAGACGAGCCUGCUUUCAAUAUCGACACCGUCUUCCGCCGCCUGGUUCCCGACAGCUAUAAAGAUGGUCUCCGUCGAGGAGUGGGAGGCAUCGGAGGCAUCUCAGCAGACCAUCACCCCAUCACCGGGGUCCCCUCUUUCUUUCUCCAUCCGUGCCUAUUAGGAGACGCUAUAUCCAGCUUCCAAUGUUCAAGGGAGAAUUAUCUCAUGAUCUGGUUCGGCUUGGUAGGGGGGUGCGUCGGCUUGUGGGUGCCCAAGGAAAUGGCCACCCAAUAA